AUGCUCGAAUCCCUCUACGAAGAUCACGGCGACACGUUGGCCCUACAAUACGGAGGCUCCCAAUUGGUUCACCGAAUAAAAACUUAUAGGAAAACCGCUCCGUGGACGUCACAAGGCAACGACAUCAUGCAAACGUUGAGCCGUUAUUACAGCAACACGUUUUCCGACGCCGAAAAGCAAAACGCCAUCAAUCUGUUUUUGGGCCUGUUUAAACCCGUGGAAAAUCGGCCUCAGAUUUGGGAUUACGUGACCGAUUAUUAUUUCCAUCACAAACCGAAUAUUUCAGGGAAGAAGUCGUUGACUCAAUGGUGGAAUUUAGGUGUGUUUAGGUGUUUGCCCUAUGCGUACAAUGACGUCACCAAGGCAUGCUUCGAACUGAUCCAAAUGCAUUCCAAUGAUGUGGAAAUGAUCGAUUCCUAUGUGGAUUAUUAUAGGCCGAAUGAAUUCAAUAUGCUCGCAGAUGUCUAUGCUUUAAAAGUAAGCAGCUCUGUGGAUUUUAUGCCCAUUUGCACAGUCAACUAUAGUCCGUUUGCUGUAAGAAUGAGACCAGAUAAGAGACGAGAGCAGGUUUUACUCAAAGGCAACGCGACCAGUAAAAAUCCUUCAGUUACUGGACAGAGUUCGACUAGUUCAGUUGCAUCGAGCACAAGUUCCAGCAGCAACGAAGAUUCUUCGGAUGAAGAGGAAAGUUUAAAUUCCGAAUCGCCGGAUACUUUUUCAAAAGAUUCGUCGCCAGAGCCGAUCACUUUCAAAUCUCUAUUUCCAUCUUCCCAAGAAGUUUAUGGAUUUUGCAUAAAGCAACCUUGUCGCGAGGAUGUUUUGACUUACAAAAAAUAUGUUUUGGCAGGAAAACGUGCCAACGGUACCGCUCUAAGUGUUUUUUCUUCCAAUGAAACUUCUAUCAAACCAAUUUCGAAUUUUUUACAAGACACUUGUUAUCAAGUGACCGUACCUACUGUUAGUCAAAAAUCGAUAGAGAUUUAUCGGAACUAUGUGAAUCUAGGGAUUUAUGGGCCAAAAACUCCUAAAGCAGCUGAUUUGGCUGUUUAUGCCAAAUAUGCUAAUUUAAAGUAA